AGUGUAUUUUCGCAGUUAAAUAUGACGGUGCUUUUUCCAUUCAACUACCACUAGACGGUGUUCUCAUCCCCGCCGCCGCCGGCAUUGCCGAGGUCGCCGUCACGAUCCCCGCGACCACCGACGCGGAGAUGGCGGCCGCCGUCGCCGAGCACGGGCAGGCUAACGGCCAAACGCUCGAGCACGGCUGGGCCUUCUGGCUCGUCAGCCCGCAGGUGGAGGCCAGAAGGCAGGUCGCCUCGGAGAGGACCGUCCACACCUUCUCCACCGUCGACGAAUUCUGGAGCCUUUACAACAAUAUCCUCCACCCUAGCAAAUUGGGCGUGGGAGCUGACCUCUACUGCCUCAAGGAUAAGAUUGAGCCGAAAUUGGGAGACCCCAUUUGUGCUAAUGGAGGUAAAUGGACCAUCAGUUGUGGCAAAGGGAAAUCUGACACAUUGUGGGUGCAUACAUUGCUGCCGUUGAUUGGUGGACGAUUCGAAUGUGGGGAUGAAAUUUGUGGUGCAGUCCUCAGCGUGCGUGGGACACAGGACAUGAUAGCUGUAUGGACUAAAGAUUCUGCUAAUGAACCUGCUCAGCAAAUCAUCAGCAAUCAGUGGAAGGAAUUUAUGGAUUACAAGGACUCCAUUGAGUUUAUCGUUCAUGAUAGUAGUGCAACGACGGUACAAUGCUGGUCUACCAAGCUUCCACAAGAUCUCUUCGGUCUCAUCUACAACAGGGUGCCGGAUCCACGCAGCCGCGUGCGUUUUGCUGCUGUCUGCAAGUCGUGGUUUGCUACAGCUGCACGGCAUCCCGUUCCACCCGCACUCCCGUGGCUGCUCCUCUUGCCACGCGAUGGCAACAAGAUGAAGCGCCUUUACUGUCAUGAGGACAACCAGAUCCUGCGUGUCCCGGCCCUGAGAUGUUUCAUCGACCACUGGUUCAUUGGCUGUCACGAAGGUGGAUGGGUUGCCACGUAUGAUCCGGGCCCUUUCAAAAUCGUGAACCUCUUCUCAGGCUUUGAGGUGGCACUCUCUGAGAAGCAGAAGUGGAUUCCCCGCUCUGGCCGCCUUUGCAAAACAAUGAUUUGGAAUAUCAUAUUCUCCAAACCACCCACUUCGAGCGACUGUAUCCUCGCCGCCAUCACGGAUGUUUCUCCUCUUGCGCUCUGUAGGGUUGGCUGUCCAGAUGGUGGGUGGACGAUACAAGAACGAAGAUACAGUGUCAGGCUUGCGGAUAUCACCUUCUGGAAUGGCGAGCUCUAUGGCCUCACGCUAGAGUACUUUGACCUUGUGAAGUUGGAGAUCGGCAUAAACAAAGAUGGUGCGCCACUGGUCACGGGUGUCAAUCGGCCGGCGGUCACCACAGAGCACCAGGUGCCCCCUCAUGAUGUCUGGUACAAAAAGGUGGAUGUCAGUUACAUUUUUGAACUGAAUGGCAAGCUUGGGAUGGCUGUGAAGUUCCCGUGGUCACCCAACUUCAGACCUUACUUCAAGGUGUUUAAUCUCGUUGACGUCGACACCGGUGAGGGGAUGGCAUAUCGCACGUUCAAAUGGGAAGAGGUGAAAAGCUUGGGUGACUUCGCCCUAUUUUUGGGUCCAAAUUGCUCGAGGGCUGUGCACGUGCCGGAGCACAGGCAUGGUGGUGUGCAGAGAAACCGCAUCUACUACAUCCACCGUAGUUGCUUAGGGAGGAAUGUGGUCCCGGAGGAUGACCUGGUGUUUUUGGCAAUCUCGAACAACGAUGGUGACCCUGUGUACUUCAAGGAAGAUGACCAUGAUGGUGUGGAUAUGAUCAGGGCGGUAGGAUACUACGCGAGGAGAGGUCCUUAUCCUCCCAUGUGGCUUCUCCCUCCAGAUUUUUAGAAUGCACGCUAUCUCUGUUCCUUUUGUUUCCGAGUAAGAACAAACUUCAUGGAUUACUGUUGUUUUCAGAAUGAUAUAUCUUGGCGCCCAUAGGGAUCUCAUAUUUUUGUUGUAAGCGGCGAAGGUGGGAGAAGUAGAUAUGGUUUCUCCGCACGUCGCCGCACCCGCUUGUCGGCACGCGCAGCGCCUUGGAGCAUGUUGGUUCAAGAAGAGCGGGUGUUCUCCUAGGCUGUUUACCUCACAGGGUCUAUGCCUUUUAUCUACUAGCUCGUGGAAUUUUAUAAGUAUCUUUAACCCUAAUGGAAAUUGCUAUCUGUAUGAAGGAAUAAUCACUUAA